GGCAGAGCGGGGCCCGGGGUCCGCAGGGAGCAGCUCAGGCCCCAGCCUCCGCCUCCAUGGCUGCCGCGUACCCGGCUGCAUUGUGGGAAGCUGACCUCACUCACUGCCGCCGCCGCCCCGCCGGCUCCAGCGCCCGCCGCCGCCUUCGCCGCCAUGGGGGCCGUGACGGAUGAUGAAGUUAUUCGUAAACGACUUUUAAUUGAUGGAGAUGGUGCUGGCGACGACAGACGAAUUAAUUUGUUAGUGAAGAGCUUCAUUAAAUGGUGCAACUCUGGAUCUCAAGAAGAGGGAUACAGCCAGUACCAACGCAUGCUGAGCACUUUAUCACAAUGUGAAUUUUCAAUGGGAAAAACUCUGCUCGUCUAUGAUAUGAACCUCAGAGAAAUGGAGAACUAUGAAAAAAUCUACAAAGACAUAGAAAAUAGUAUAGCUGCAGCGCAUGAGAAAAUUGCUGAAUGCAAAAAGCAGAUCCUGCAAGCAAAAAGAAUACGAAAAAAUCGCCAAGAAUAUGAUGCAUUGGCUAAAGUAAUACAGCACCAUCCAGACAGACAUGAAACAUUGAAGCAGCUAGAAGCUUUGGGAAAAGAACUUCAACAUCUUUCUCACAUUAAAGAAAAUGUUGAAGAUAAGCUGGAAUUGAGACGAAAGCAGUUCCAUGUGCUUCUGAGUACCAUCCAUGAACUUCAGCAAACUUUGGAAAAUGAUGAAAAACUUUCAGAAGCAGAGGAAUCCCAAGAAACUCACAUGGAAGCAGAGACUAAACAAUAGACAGACUUUGGACUUACCUGAGAAUUUCCAUAGCUCUUGAACUUUUUUUAAGAAAUAAAAUCUUGCUGCCACUUCUGUGAAUUUGUAUGAAUACUUGUUUUGUUAGUGCUACAGUCAAACAGUUACUGAUCAGUAAAAAGCCUUCAUAGACAAAGUGUGGCCAGGCACUGUAUUUGUUUUAAUACGAAAAGCUUUAUAUUUUGUGAACUAGGAAAAUAUUUUAGGCUUUUAAGUUGCAGAGUGAAACGUUUCUGUACAGUAAUCAGCUACGAUGAUAACAGUGUUGGAAAUAAAACGUGUUUACAAAUAA